GACCUCAGUCUGAGUCUGGCCCAUGCAGUCCACGAUCACGUCAAGAGAGACUACAUCUUCUGUCUCAGUACUGCCAAUGGCAACACCUACUACCUCCAGACAACAAGUGUCUCAGAGAUGGAUGACUGGAUUGCCAACAUUCACUGUGCUGCUGCCUUGGCUAUGACAAACCACUCCAGCAAGGAUGAAGCAAUGCAGAUAAUUAAAGUUGGUGUGAAAUAGAUAUCUUAUACUCACGAUCUCUGUCAUUCUACACGCAGAGAGAAAUGGAAGAGCACACUAAAGCCAUUGAGAAGGUGAGUGUGCAUAUACAGCUACACACACUAUAAUAUGUAAUACUGUAACUGGCAGGAGACUCAGCUAAAGAACCUGACAGAACUAAAUGUGGCAUCUGUCACUGACUACAAUGCAAGAUCAAUGGCAUCAAAACAAUUGGUGACUUGUCUAGAGAACAUUGAGAAAUACAACGUGGACAUAUACAGACUGCGAUGCUACCUGGCCUCCCUGCAAGGCUCAGAACUGCCCAACCCCCAGACACUCCUGGCGUCCAUUGCCAGACCAACCAAACUGGCUCUCGGGAAACUGGGCGUGUUCUCCGUGGCCUCACUCCAUGCCAUCGUCAGUGCUCGUAGUAUUCCGUCGUCCACCUCAAACUAUGGCUCCUUCAAGUUCAGUAGAAGUGGCAAGUCACCUCUCUCCCCAACUAGUGGUAAAUGGAAAAGUCACAAGAACAAGAUGUUCCAGAGGAUGGCGACAGAUAAGAGGUCUUCACUGAGGUGUAUGGAGAUAUCAGGACCUUAUCCCAUGCUACCACCCUCAGCACUCCACUCUCUCGCUCAGUCCUACUCUGAAAUGGAGGAGACAACUGAUACAGAUGCCCCGCCUUCUUUUUCUCAUGAACCAAUCUCCCCACUGUCCCCGGUGAUAAAGAUCUUCACCCCCGGCAACAGGGUUGUCUCGGUCCCUCACCGUGACAACACCACAAUCACUGACAUCCUCCAUGCCGGCUGCAGGGUAAGACGGUUGGAGUCUAGGGACCACUUCAUUCGACUGAGAAACGAGAGAGAAGAUGGAGGAUUUGAGUGUGAAACUCCUGGACCAAAUGAGUUGUUACGAGAUCAGGAGUACACUCAUCUGGAGAUGUGUCAGAAGUGGACUCACACGGUCUUUCUCUCUCAGCCUGACAUUCAAAACUGCACCACCACUGCCUUUGGUCUGAUGCUGGAACCGGUAUGGGACGUGGGUGGGAACAGACUGGAGACGGUACUGGUGAGCCGAGUGGAGGAAGGGGGUGUGGCAGAUCGGUGUGGGGUGUGGGAGGGUGACGAGGUGACGAGGGUGAACGGGAGGAGUGUGAGGGAGGCCGGAUGGGUUGGCACCCGGAGCUCACUGGACGCUCCCACAGUUUCCCUAUCACUCAAGACCUGUCACAUCGAGAUGCCCGUCUCGGAACUGACCAAUCAGAUUGUGGAGAGCCUCAUAUGCCCUGCCCCUCCCUCGUCCAACACUGAGCUCUCACAGGAGGCCAUUCAACAGCUCACUGUACCAACUCCAGCCAGAGAUGACACGGAGAACUCCAAUAAAAGCUACAGCGGAAGUGUCUCACGAGAGCAGAUCAACUCCCUUCUCAAGGACUCCAGUGAGCUGUCAAAGCUGCUGAAGAGUUGGGACGUCCAGAGAGCGAGAGAAGAGAGAGCGACGACCUGGACCACGGAGGACAGACUGAGAAAGAGUGCCCAAGACCUUCUGGACACUGAGAGAGACUACGUCAGGUUGCUACACGUGUUAGUGGAGCAGUACCUGGAGCCCCUGCAAUCAGAGCCA